UUCAAGCCUGUACUUUGCUACUUGGAAGGCGCAUGGAUGAAAAGUUCAGCGUCGCUCCAGGAAUCCUUCGCCAGCGACCGCCACUUUCUGGACGCCACCAGUUGGUUCGACCUGCAUCAGAAGGCUCGGUUCAGCGCAGCCUCUGGUCGUAAGGACAACUUAGAGAACUUUGCCUACCUCCCCGUCACGAUCGCUCACCUCACCGGAAUCAACGGCACCAUUCCCGAGUUUGCGCAGUGGAACUAUCGGAUAUUAUGCCAUCCUCUCUCCCAAGACGUGCCCUUCAACAGGUUCCGCACCGUGGACGACCUCCAUUCUAGAAUGGCUUUCAAAGCGGGGAUUGAUCAACAGACGCUGUCCAGAAGGGCAAGAUUUCAACUGAACCCAGAGGACUCGGACCAUUGGGGUGAGGGUCGUUUCUACGAUUAUGGUUUCUUGGACUCAUUAAUGGAGCAGAUCCCAGGGAAAGACAACUACCGCGCCAACUUGACGGACGACCUGUUUGGUGACGUGGCCCUGCGGUAUGAGGACGACGAGGACGGCAGCCCCCGUGUGCUGAACGCUGGCUUUUAUCAUCGCUGGUUCAAAGUUACGCAAAAGGGGGCAGAUGGCCGGAAGUUGAUGCACCGUGGGUACUCUGACCAAAAUGUCUUUAUGGCUAUGACGUCACAACCGGAUGUAGUUGGACUGAACAUAACUAACUGUGCUCGGCGUGGACGAGACUGUGUUACCGUCCAGCAGAAGUGGACGUACGCAAUCCCGCUGGAGAUAGUGUAUAUGACACCGCUAAGUAGAUGGAACCCGUACGAUUUGGAGUACAAAGGGCUGGCCUACACUGACGAGGGGAUGACUGUGAAGGAGGGAAACCGAAAUGGGCAAAAAACUGUGGACAAGGCCUUUAAUGGGAUCAACAACGCCCUCUAUUAUCAAACCCCGGUAGAGAUGUUUGCCAGAAAACAGAGAGGAGACACUGCCGAUACCGGGAGAUACGGUGUAGGCGUUCUGGAUAAAAACGGUGUAGUGAGAACAGUUGACGCAUCUGGUUUUCGAGUGAAGCUGAACAUUGCUGACGUAGGCGAGAUACGUCAGAGGUGGCCAAUAAUGCCUGCGUCGGUAGAGGGCAGCACGAUCAUGAAAGAGAUAGAUGCGCUCAAGGACAUGGUGAUGGACCAGCAGCGGUACAUCAACAUGUACCGCGAGAGUCCCUUGGCUCUGGCCACGGGAACCACCAUGGCCCCUGUGACUGCUGACCAAACCCUAGAGACAUCGCUGUCCACGAGUGCAGUGAUCAGCCAGCAUAGCCACACCUUAGUGCUGGAUGCUGACAGUAUCCAAAGAAUGAAGGACGGAGCUAAAAUCGCAGUUAGAACAUCUACAGACAACGGACAUUUUCACGAACUGAAGGUUUUCUACAACAGCAGCAUCGAUCGCUUCCAGAUGUUUAAGUGCGAUCUGCAAAACCACUGCUGGGAUGGACAUGACUCACAACUCUGGCCCUCUGACGGAUAAACUGGCCUCGCAGGUCGUUGCCGGAGUCAGCAAGCAAGCAGCAUCUGGAAAGUUCUCCACUCCCACCACCCAAAUAAUGAUUUUGUUCAUAGUGAACAACAAAUAACCACUGUCCAUCCUGAUGUAUCCACUUAAUACAACGGGAAGCCCAGUCGCAACGAACGUGCUUAAUUAAUCAUCGAAAUUUUUAGAGAUUCUCUUUUGCUUAUAGUUUUUAAAUUUUGUCAUGAUGAAACAUUUUUAACUUUGCAUGUAAUAAGCUAAAUAUUACCCGGUAAUUUGCUUGCUGAAAUUAGGCAGGUUUUUUUAUAAUGCUGCAAAAUAUAUAUCGUUUCAAAAGCUUUAAAAAAGCAGUUAAACCAAUUUUGCUUAUAGCAAUGUAAGGUUACGAAGAAAGAUUUCUUUGAUUUUGCCAAAAUAUGUUUAUGUGGUCAAUUUUAGCGUCAAGUAUUCCAAUUAGUCCACUGGAAAAGAAAAAAUAAUGAUAAACUUCUAACAUGUCUUCAGUCUUUUUAGGCCGGCAGCAUUUUGUUUAGAAAUACAUUUUUCUGAGUGAACCAAUGCCACAAUAUGUGGGUAUGCAUUACUAAAAAGUGUCUUUUUGCUCUCUUUGUGUACGUUUCAGUAAAUGCUUUUGUCAAAAUAGCAAAAGUUCGUUUUUCUCUUGUUUUGUUUUGUUUUGUUUUGUAUUUUUGUUAUUUUCUAUUUUCAUCCGUGACACAUGUAGACAUGUUCACACGCAAUCAGAACAUCCACCCACGCCACGGCCUGUACAAACGUCACAUGCACGUCACAGUCUGUACAAACGUCACACUCACGACACAGUCUGUACAAACGUCACACUCUGCACAACGUUACAUACACGUCACAAUGCUUUUGUGCUCUAAACGUGGUCUAGCACCGAACAUUAACAUUCUGACAUGGAAACACAGAAGAACCACACAAUUACGCAAGUCAUCCAACGGUACCUAUAAGUGAUCUUUAUCGCAUGCAUUUGUGGAUCAUUUCUUUGAAUCAUUCUUUCAUGCAAUUCAGCACUUCAUCAUAUUUAAUAGAUAAUUGAACCCGUACAUAAAAAUAUGAAAAAAGUAAGGAAAAAAGGAGAAAUAUUUGGAUAUAAAUACAA